GUUAUCUCGGAAUGUGUGUUUUUCUUCUCUCAAGUUCUGAUUUUUUUUAACUGAAAUGAUUUUCCCGUGAUUACUUCGGCAUCGCACCAAACGCGAUCUAAAGAGAUUUUUCUAACGCUCUUUCUGAUUAUUUUUUUAUGUAAUAUUCAUCUCUUCCGUUCUGGAAACUGGCAAGAACCAUGUCUACUGCUUCUAGUCCUACGCGCUUCAAUGGUGAAAUUGACAACUACUAUGACUUGGAUUUGGCAGCACAAGUAUCAGCCAAGAUGCAAGUUCCCAAAAGGAUCAAGUUAAAUGGUGAUGAAGAUUCGCUGGUUGCAAACGACCAAUUUCCGCCCUCUUACGACUUUGAGCCAAAGAUUGAUAUGUCAGUACCUGAUAGAAUUCUUGUCAUGGGUCACGAUGAACAUAUUGGGGUGCGAGCUCCGCCUAAAGAAAUGCUUUUUGACAAUGCUGUGUUUCCUGACCCUCCAGAUUAUUCACAUAUUAGGCUACAGACUCCACCGCAAGUUUUAACUCUUGAUGAGCAUUUUUAUCCCUCUCUUGAUGAUCCGCCUGAACUACCCGGAGCGAAAACAGUGAAGCCAAGAAAUGCUGACUUGGUCAAUUUCCAACACAGCCGUGUUGCCCUAUUUAACGACAGUGUUGCCUCCCAGGGAAUGAACGCCUCUAACAGAGACCUAGUCCCAGCCUUUAACGAGAGUAUUUCUAUGACGCCAGGAGAGGAAGUAGUUCACCUGCGGCGGCAACUAGCGAAACUCAAUAGGCGAGUAAUGGGUAUAGAAAUGGAAAUCAUCCAGCGUCAGAGGAGAGAUCGUAUAAUCUUUUUUGUUGGUAUUUCUUAUUUAGUUUUGAGAACUGUGCUGAGGCUCGUCUAGUUAGUUUGAACUAGAAUCAAAACUAAGUUUACUCCCUCUAAAUUCGUCAGCAACAUUUUUUUUGUCGCAUUGUAAUUUUGUGAAGUAGGCCUGAAAGGAAGUGAUACUAAAUUUGGCGAUGAAGGGUAAGCAAGUUCUUCAUGAAUGCUAAAAAGACUGGUUUCUGUCAAGUUUUUGAGUGAAGUGCUGAGAACACUCUGAAAGAAUUUAUAGAGUUUGAGAAAUUUAAUUUAAGGGAAUGAAUCUAAAUAACUUUCCUAAAGCGACAUGCAAAUAGCUCUAAUGUUGCAAAUUUUUCAUAAAAUACUUCACUCUGUCGAAUUUUAGCCUCAUGAGCUUGCAUUGCCAUCAUUUAAUCAUAUUUGAUGAACAGCUUGUCAAUUUUUCCAUUCUCCCAUGUGAACCUAUUUAAUAUCUUGGGAUGAUUAUUUCAGUUUCUGAGAAAACAAAGCUCUGUGCUGUGCACCAGUUGGUUUUAUUGCAUCAAGACCGUGAAGGAAUUGCAUUUGUAUUUUUCAGUAAUCUGACACAUUCAGGAAAUGUGACAUGCAGGAAAAAAGGUAGCAAUCAACUACGGCAACAAACAGAGAAUACUUUAAAUUUUAUCUGCUAUUUCCUGCUAAAUGUUAUGUGAUUUUAUACCUUUUGUUGAGAUUUCUUAUUGUCAGCAUUCAAUCUUUCAACCGCUCGUGAAAGAGCUAUUAGCUUGUGCCGUGUUAUUUCUGUUAGUAUGUUUCUUUUUCUUUAAUCCUUAAGGACCUAGUUUAAUUUGACUCUAUUUUUUAAGGAAAACAAAAAAAUAGUAUCUACAUUCUGAACUUGUGUAAAUAUCUGUGUACAAAACUAAGCAAAUGAAAAAAGGUCUUAAUUGCCUGAAAAUGAUUGUAGUCUUGUUACCAACCCUUUAACCAUACAUAAGUUGAUCGUAAUGAAAUAAAAAAAUUAAAAGAUUUAA